AUGGUUUCAGAAUAUUACGAAGAUUUUAAAAUUCAAGAGACUUCUAUCAUUCAAAAUUAUGAAAUAAUUGCACCCUUUUAUUUAACAAUUCCUAACGAAAAAAAUUUAGAUGUAUAUUUUCAACUUAUCAAUGAUACUCCUGUCGAAUUUUACUCAUAUUUGUACGAUAGCGAAUUUUCUAUCAAAGCGGAGUAUGCAAAUAUUAUUAGUUAUUCGAAAAAUAGAUUUGUGAAGUUUCAAAAUGUUACUUUUUUCGACCGUUACGAGAAAACUAUUGAAGCUGAUAAAAUAGA